AUGGCCAUUCCUCUCAAACCCAUCCGCGAGCACGCUAGGGAGAAAUGGUUGGACAACGAGGUCCAUCGACACUACAACAUGCCCAUGGUAGCCGUGCGGGCCACGCCUCAUAUCCUGAUGCACUGUAACGUGUGCCGCGACACUACUUCCCUUCUGAAAACAUCGUUCAGUAUUGACAAGUGGGUCAACGCCGAAUAUUUCAUCUGGGAGAUGUCCGCGGGGUUAGCUGACAGCGGCGUAAACCCACAGUGGACGGAGUUUUUCGAAGAACAAUACCAGGAGCAGUGGAUACAGAUCCAGAGCGAGUUCAUGGGCAUAGCCGAUCUACCUGAGAGAUUCCUCCACGAGGUUCCGCUCCCGCCCUUCCAGGUUGCAGAGGUGAGAAUCAAGACUAACAAAUUCCCGUGUUAUUGGCGGCUCAGUGCAAAUACGGGCCAACACAUGAUUGAUACCAGCUUUUGGCAUCUUUGGAAGUUGAUUCUCCAGCAAGACUCGCUCGCCGUUGGUCCCUUUGAGGUUGUUCUUAAAGCACCCUUGCACACUCCUGCCGGGGAGGAUUCUGUCCAUCCUUGGAAUAUGUCUCUAUCAAAUGACCACCCUGGAGUUGUCAGUCGUGAUGAUGUUUCGUAUCUUCGCUGGAAUCGUGCGCGCAAUGAUCCCGCUCCAUUAGAUUGCAGAUGCCUCUCUAAAGCGCAGCGAGAUAGUAUCCCUUCACCUAGUCGCAGCCGAUCACGCUCUACCUCAGCUAGUAAGGACUUGCCGCAACGCAUGCGAGAUGAUCAGUUUCUUUAA